AUGGAGCACUGCGAGGGUGGGGACUUGCGGCACGCGAUCUCGCAGCGGGCCGCGACUGGAGAAUACUUCUCUGAGGAGCAGGUUCUGACGUGGAUCUCGCAAGUGACCCUCGCGCUGCAGUUCAUCCACCAGCACCAGGUUCUACACCGCGACCUGAAGUGUUCCAACAUCUUCCUGGACGGCAGUCGUGGCAGGUCGACGGUGAAGCUUGGCGAUUUUGGCAUCUGCCGUGUUUUGGAGGGGAGCACAGACAUUGCCAACACGCUCGUCGGCACCCCGUACUACAUGAGCCCAGAGGUGUGCUCGAACACGCCCUACAGCUACAAGUCUGACAUCUGGUCAUUGGGUUGCGUCCUCUACGAGCUCUGCGUGCUCAAGCACGCAUUCGAGCACGCGACGCUUCAGGGCCUGGUCUCCAGGAUCAAGUCGGGCGUGUACGAGCCGAUCCCGGCGUGCUACUCGGAGGGGCUGAACGAGCUCGUCGCGUCGCUCAUCACGCUCUCGACUGAGCAAAGGCCCUCGAUCGACGAGGUCUGCGCCUCGCCGUUGCUGAUGCCGUGGCUUGAGCGCCAGCACAAGGAACUGCCCGAACUGGCGGUCCUGGACCCCGAGGCGCGCGAGAGGAGCAAGCAGCACCGCCGCAGCAUCUCCCCUAAAGCCGACUGGAUGGAACGCCGAUUUUCAGGACAUGUCCCUGGUGGUCGCGUUCCGCAUGCUGCUCCACAUGGCCGAGUGCGGGCAGACUCCCGAGUCGGCCCUGCACCCGCUCGUGAGCGGGCCCACGAUGACGAGGGAGACCUGGAGGGGAGCGCUGCAGAAGUUCUGCCCGGGCCUGAGUCAGGUCGAGGUGAGCAUAUUCGAGUCCGCGCUGCCGCGGUGGGACGGCAAAGACAUCGCCCUCUCAGAUGUGGAGGCGAAGCUGGCUGA